AUGAGCUCGCAAGAUAAUAGAUACGAUAAAGCUGAUCCCUGGAAGCCCCACCGGAACGCAUCCUAUAGCAGCAGAGAUUCACCCGAUAGAUAUCGAAAUCGAAACGAUUCCAAACAAUACCAUUAUCAUAAAGAUCGACGAUAUUACGAUAACCGGAGCUGGAAAGAUAGUUCGCACGCUAAGCGCUAUCCUUACGAUCCAUACCGGUACCGAUACGAACGGAAGGCGGAAAGUACGGAUGACAAUACCAACCAACAUGAAGCCGAAAGAACCGACGUCGUCCCACCGGCGGACCGAGGAGAAAAGAGUUUUACCAGCAAAACGCGAUGGAACAGCGGGAAAUCACCUCCACCUACAGCAAAACGUCCAUCAUGGCUGAUAGAGCAACGGCCGCUGGAAACAGCUGGUGGAGCGUACGACCCUCAAGCAUCCGCACAAUCGGCAACCAAUUUUAGCUUAAUCUUCAACCACAUUAAUACAGUCUACAGUCAGAAUGAUCCAACGCAGCCCGAUAGACCGAUGUCGUUUAUCGAUCGUUUGAUUGCUGACGAAGCGAAGCGUAUGCUUGCGGCCGCUUCUUCCAACAAAACUACAGCACUGAACGAACCCUGCGAAACGGCUGAAACUGGCUCUACACACACGGUACCAGCAGCUAGCGAAGUGACGGACACAACCAUCCAGCAGGACCCAGUAAAGGAAGGGAACGAUAGUAAAACCGCCAGUAGCGUAGCAUCGGUUAGUGUGGCCGAUUCAAAACUGUUACAGAAAAGUGCCGAACAGGUGACAAAAAAGCUAAUUAACCAAUUGUCCACCAUGAACAAGUACGAUCUGAAGCAUAUGAUAGAUAAUCCGGCCGGUAAGUACGAGACGGCACUGAACCGGCACGCUCAGAACAAAUUACGGGCGGAGGUACGGAAGCAACUGAAAAGUUUUGGACUGAAUGAGCUGGGAACUUCGUGUGUAACUGGUGACGGUACCGUUGAGUCGGAUGAAGCGAUUGAUGCCGAAAAAAUACCAUCGGCUUUGUUGGAGCAGAUUGAACAGGCGUUGGAUUUAAGUUUUUUUGAUAUAGAACAGCAUCCGGAGCCAAACAAACCAAUCCAGGAACAGGUGUCGGACAGGUUUAGAGUCUCCCAAUCGAAUAAUGAAGAACCAGUCGAAUCGAUUACGAAUGUUGGGCAAGCGGUAAUGGCCAGCUCUGAGGAUACGUACAAUGCUAAUCGCAGUAUAGGUGAUGUUUCCAGUUUUCCAUCAACCACGACAUCCAUGAAGAAUGGCAAUGAUCCUAAACCAGCGACCUCAAUAGGACGCAAGAAGAAAAUUAUUAUUCGCAAACCUGCCAAUGCAGCGAGUCAAGUCAAAAAGAGUACGGUAGCAUUUCCUGUUCAACCCAAUACUUUUAUUUUACGCAAAGGAACAAUUCCUUGUACGGAUAAUGUAACGCUAUCCCCAGUUCCUAGUGUUCCCAGUUCCCCUGUCACAGGUACUGCGAGUAAGGAUACCGAUACGAAUGGGAAACGGGAUGCAGUCGAAGAUACAAAACAAACAUCGUUAGAGGCAAACGCCGCUCCUAGGAAUGCUUCAUUUUUGAGAGUCAGUACGGUGGAAGAAUUAAAUAGACGGUUAGAUGGGAUUCAUAGUACGCAAAGUGCUGAUAGUCAACUAACUGAUCAAGAAUUAGAUCCAGCCACCACUGUUUCCGAACGAAUGCUGCUGAAUGAUUCGCCCACACCUGAUGCUUCAACAAAUGACAAUUCCCACCAUCCAGCGCCAUCAUGUACAGUUAACGGUAGGAAAAAUGUCCCUGGUCCGAAACAAAAUUACAGAGCGGUAGAUAUUAGCACGGUGAAAGUAAUAGGACAAAGUACUAUAACUAAAGAAGCACUGUUGGACUACAUUACCAACAAAAAGGAUGGAAAACAAAUACACCCGUUUGGAACCGUUGCCAAAGAACAAACCGCCACAUCCAACUUUGGAACCGAUCAAUCAAAGGCAACACACGUACCAGACACUAUGCCUGAUAGGUUAUCCGAUGGGCAAUUUCCUGCUAGAAAAGGAAAAUCUUCAAGGAAGAGAAAAUUGUCCAGGAAGAAGAAUUUCUCUUCCGCUACGGUUGAUGCAAAUUUGACCAUCAACGAUAACAAUAUGGCAAACACUGGGCAGGAAGAGAAUCCUAUUAAAAAAUUCGUUAAGACCAACACGCCAUACCCGGCUACAGCAAAGAAGGGUAAAAGGUGGAAGAAAAAAAAUAAGCCGGAUCGCACGGAACAUUCGUACUGUGUUGUGAAUGUGUUCCAACCGAGUCAGGGGAAGACUCCUCCAGCACCGAUAGGGAUAGCACCAGAAGAUACAAGAUCCGAAGAUCGCUUAAGAAAUACUUGUCAAGAUAAGCUGUACGAAAAAGUAGAUGAUAAAGAGACAAAGAACGGAAAUCCACAAACUUCUCCAAAAUCGCACAUUAUAAUUGCCAACGUUUGCACGAUGUCAGGUGCAAUGGAAACGAGUAGCUCAGCAACGAUCGGCGACACCGCCAGUGUUGAGCAAGAACUACCACAAGAAUUGUCUCCUAUUGAGUCCUCAACAUCAGAGCCUAGAGACCAACAUGUACAAAAUGCUACGAUUCCAGCUGCAGCUGGAGCCGAAAGCAAUCUACCUGACUGGAAUCUCAUGACAGAGGCGCCGGCGGAUAGCAAGGAAGGAAUUGAAAGGAUCGAUUCACCACAACCGGCCGCCGAUGAACCGACCGAGGAAUACGUCUUGGGAGGUGAUUCGGAUGAAAGAUGUGUCGGUGCCUUCAUCCAGACAACAUCACCGGAUAGGAACGCAUUAAACAUCCCGCUGGAACAGACGGCGUAUGACAUUUCCAACGAGACUUCAACUCCCGUACCGACCAGCAACAAUACGAUCAACUUACAAUCUUUAUGUGCAAUCACAGAGCAUAUGCAAUCGAUCGAAACGCAAACGAUGCAGCUGUACAAACGUAAGAUGCAUAUUGACGCCAUGUUUAUGACACUACAAUCGGAACGAAUGGAGAUCGAUCAGCAGCUGGAGCGGCUGCAUAAUAUUCGUAGUGAACAGACCAAUUUUUUGCGACUUAACUUGCUGGAACUUGCAGCUUCUUCGUCCAAUGGGUCCGAUGAAGGAGCUACAACCGGAUCUGCUGCUACGAGUUCCAAUGGAGUUGCGACGAGUCAAACUGUCAGCCACUCUGGACAACCAAGUAGCAGUGGUAGUAAAAUUAGUCCACAGAUCGGUGUACGGCAACAGGAACGCACCAUACGACGCAUCACACCGAUCGGUGGUAAUAAUGUGUUGAUGAAAAUUUUCCAACGCCGUCGUGCACCGUCCGAACGAUCAACGGAGGAAACCUCAUCCAUCGGUUGA